AUGGGGGCAGAAGUGUUUCUGUCGGGCAUUGACCUUGCUCAUCGCGUCCCCUUGAGGCAGCAAAAUGUCGCUCCGAAACCAAUCAUCUGUAAAUUUGUAAGACGCAUUGCAAAAGCAAGUGUCAUGGAAACUCGACAAAGUGCCUCUCAAGUCAACCCAUCAAAUAUCGGUCUGUCUGCUGAUAGUGUUCUUGACAAGCCAGAAUCUUCGAUCACCUCACCCCCAAAAAACAAUACCUGUUGUUUGAAGCGAAGAGAUUUAAAGAACAGAACCAAUACCGCUUCUGCUGGGCCAAGAAUUCCAUGA